AUGCCACCCGCCAUGGUCCCGCCCGCCAUGGUCCCGCCCGCCAUGGUCCCGCCCGCCAUGGUCCCGCCCGCCAUGGUCCCGCCCGCCAUGGUCCCGCCACCGCCACCGCCCCCACCGGUCUAUCCAGCCAUCGAAAUGCCCUUCCCAUCGAUGAUUCUCGGAGCGCCACCACCCCCACCGCUCAUAGCGGGUAUAAUCCCCCCCUUGGUCGCCGGUGCACCCCCGCCCCCGCCUCCCCCACGCCCGCCCUCCAGCCGGGUGCUGGGCGCGCUCGAUGCCGGCACCCGACUGUCGCUCCUCCAGGCCUGCACAAGCUUCGAGCAUCUCCUCGCCGUACGCUUGAACGGCCCCGCGCUCUACGCAACGUACGAGCUCAACUGCAGUUCGCUGCUCACGCUCAUGACCGAGCGCUACUUCGCCGGCCUCAGGGGCAUCCCCUCGACCGCCGUGCUCGUCGAGUCCGCAAAGGAGGUCCUGAUCUACCAGCGCUACAUUGUGCAGGGCGAGAUCUCGCGGGAGGGCCAGCACGUGCUCGCAGGCCUACUGCAUGAUCGUCUAGUCACAAAGGACAGGAACAACGUCGUGAUGCGCACCGCCGAUAUUCCUCAACUAAAGGAGAACAAUUACUUUUAUGAGCGCUUCAGCGCAUUCUACCACGACCAGCUGGUGCACGCCACAUAUCCCAUGUAUGACGGCGACCCGCGGCACUGGGUGAUGCUGCAGGACGAGAGCCAUCUCAAUAUUGCAAUGGUCCCGACCGUCGUCAGUGAAAGCCCGGGGCUGCAGUCGGUCGAGUUUGAGGUUGAUGAUGUGCUCGACAUGGCGGACUUUUAUGCGGCGUGGCUGCUGACGUACCGCUUCAAGUAUGAGAGCAUCACGACAUUUGCGAGGCGGCCAAUACCGAUCGCGCCCGCAGACUUGGGGAAAAUCCACUUUAUUGCGUUCCUGAUGGACCAGUUCUAUCUCUCGCAGCUCCCGUUCAACAGAAAGUCGAGUGCCCGCACCGGCCCGCGGAUUGCCGACCCGGUGGUGCGGGCGCAGACUGUGAAGACGCAGGUGCUGACGGGGUGGCGGAAUAGGUGUUUUAUGGGCGUGUGGUUCCCGCUGAAGAUUGCAGAGGAGGGCUUCUUCAGCCUGGACUUUUCGAAGGGCAUCUGGGAGAAGGUUCGGGAGAACCGUCGCACCACCAGGUGGGCGUACUUUCAGCGGAACGAUUGGGGCAUCUUUCAGGAGGUGCGGGGCGGCGGACAUCUGCUGUACUGGAAGAUGCUGGCGCAUCUGGCGGAGACGGUGUGGCGCUCGGCGACGGUGGUGGAGCGUGAGGAUCGGUCGUGGGAGGAGGCGUUUCUGGAUACGAAGGUGGAUUUUGAUGAGGAUUUUGGCGUGCUUAGGACGUUGGAGCUGGCGGCGAAGUAUGAGUUGGUGGAUACUAAUUGA